CCCUGCCAUCCAGAGGAGGCUCAGAGAGAGCCGGGAGAGGCGCGGCAUGGCACGGCCUCCCGGGCUCUGCCUGCUGGCCCUGCUGGCCCUGGGGGCGGGGGGCUCGUCCCCGUGCUGGGACCCUCGGGGGCAGCCCCGCCGCUGCAUGCCCGUCUUCGAGAACGCCGCCUUCGGCCGGGCCGUCCAGGCCACCAACACGUGCGGGUCGCCCCCGGAGGAUUAUUGCCUGCACAUGGGCACCCAGCACGCCAGCGCCCUGUGCCACCGCUGCGACGCCAGCGACCCCCGGCGCCACCACAACGCCUCCCUCCUCACCGACUUCCACAGCCAGGAGGAGAGCACCUGGUGGCAGAGCCAGUCCAUGGCCUUUGGCAUCCAGUACCCCAACUCCGUGAACAUCACCCUGCGCCUGGGCAAAGCCUACGAGAUCACCUAUGUGAGGCUGAAGUUCCACACCAGCCGCCCCGAGAGCUUCUCCAUCUACAAGCGCAGCCGCGCCGAGGGGCCCUGGGUGCCCUUCCAGUUCUACAGUGCCUCCUGCCAGAAAACCUACGGGAAGCAGCCCCGGCAGUACCUGCGGCCGGGCGAGGACGAGCAGGUGGCCUUCUGCAGCGACGAGUUCAGCGACAUCUCCCCCCUCAGCGGGGGCAACGUGGCCUUCUCCACCCUGGAGGGACGGCCCAGCGCCUACAAUUUUGAUGGAAGCCCAGCACUGCAGGAGUGGGUGACAGUCACUGACCUGCUCAUCUCCUUGAACCGGCUCAACACGUUUGGGGAUGACAUCUUCAAGGACCCCAAGGUGUUGCAGUCGUACUACUAUGCCAUAUCUGACUUCUCCGUUGGUGGCAGGUGCAAAUGCAAUGGCCAUGCCAGCGAGUGCGCGCCGGACGAGGCCGGGCAGCUGGUCUGUGUGUGCCAGCACCACACGGCUGGCACCGACUGCGAGCGCUGCCAGCCCUUCUACCAGGACCGGCCCUGGGCGCGCGGCACGGCCGAGGCUGCCAACGAGUGCCUCCCCUGCAACUGCAGCGGCCGCUCCGAGGAGUGUUUCUACGACCGGGAGCUGUUCCGGCGCAGCGGGCACGGGGGACACUGCCGCAACUGCCGCGACAACACGGCCGGGCCCCACUGCGAGAGCUGCCGGCAGAACUAUUACCGCUGGGAGCCGCAGGGAGCCUGCCAGCCCUGCCACUGCCACCCCGCAGGUUCCCUGCAGCCCCAGUGUGACAACUCGGGGACCUGCGUCUGCAAAGCCAACGUGACGGGCUGGAAGUGCGAGCGCUGCAAGGACGGCUACCACAGCCUCAGCGAGGGUGGCUGCAGACCCUGCACCUGUGACCCCGCGGGCAGCGUGGGCACCUGCGACCCCAACACGGGGCACUGCACCUGCAAGGAGAGGGUGGAGGGGCAUUUGUGCAACAGGUGCCAGCCAGGCUGGUUUAACCUGCAGCCCCACAACCCCAUCGGCUGCAGCAGCUGCUUCUGUUACGGCCACUCCAGCGCCUGCAGGGCGGCAGAUGGCUACGAGGAGACCCACAUCCGCUCCGACUUCAGCCAAGGGCUGGAGGGCUGGGCUGCCACAGCUCCAGGCACCACAGACCUGCCUCUGCGCUGGGCUGGCCGGGAGAUCAUCACCGAGUGGGACGGAGAGGAGCUGGUGGAUUUUCUUGCACCAGAGAAGUUUCUGCAGAACCAGCGCCUCAGUUACGGGCAGCUCCUGUCCCUGCUGCUGGGAGUGGAGAACGGGACAAGAACAGAACGUGGGGUGCCCCUGCUGCAGGUCCAGCUGCUGCUGGAGGGUGAGGGGAUGAAGGUCACCAUGUCCAGCAGCAAGAGCCAGCUCCAGCAUGGAAAGCAGGCUGUCACCUUCAGGCUGCACGAGGCAGAGGAGGGUGCAGAGCCUUUGCUGUCGGCCUUCAGCUUCCAGCGCCUGCUCUCCAACCUGAGCUCCCUCCGCCUCCGUGUGAGCCGCGGCCCCGUCAGAGGCAGGCUGUCCCUGAGCAAGGUCCAGCUCACAUCUGCUCGCCCCGGGCCAGGCACACGGGCGGGCUGGGUGGAGGAGUGCACGUGUCCCAUGGGAUACACCGGGCAGUUCUGCCAGUCCUGUGCACCUGGAUUCAAGAGGGAGAUCCCAUUUGGCGGCCCCUUCGUCAGCUGCGUGCCCUGCACCUGCAACCAGCACGGGCACUGCCACCCCCUCACAGGGCACUGCCAGUGCUUGCACAACACCGAGGGUCCCUCCUGCGAGCGCUGCAGCCCCGGCUUUUACGGCAACCCCUUCCUCGGGCGCCCUGAUGACUGCCAGCCCUGCCCCUGCCCUGGCCGCUCGCCCUGCACCGAGGUGCCCGGCAGUGGGGAGGUGGUCUGCACCCACUGCCCCCCGGGGCAGAGAGGAAAACGCUGUGAGCUCUGUGAUGACGGGUUUUUCGGGGACCCCCUGGGGCAGAGAGGCGCCGUGCAUCCCUGUGAGCCCUGCCAGUGCCACGGGAACGUGGAUCCCAACGCCGUGGGGAACUGUGACCCCGUGUCCGGCCGGUGCCUGCGCUGCCUCCACAACACAAUGGGCGACCACUGCCAGAGGUGCCGGCCGGGCUUCUACGGGGAUGCGCUGGCUCCCAGCCCUGCUGGGAAGUGUGCACCUUGUGAUUGCAACCCCAGUGGCUCAGACCCGAGGCUGGAGGGCUGUGAUCCUGGCACGGGCCAGUGCCACUGCCUCCCACACGUGACAGGCAGAGCCUGUGGGCAGUGCCAGCCCGGCUACUACGGCCUGGAGCCCACUGUGGGGUGCAAGAGCUGUGAGUGCCACCCAACAGGGUCACAGGAGAGCGGGUGCCACGCGCUGACAGGACAGUGCUCCUGCCAACCUGGUGUCACAGGGAAGAAAUGUGAUCGAUGCCAGCACGGCUUCUUCGGCUUCUCUGCCAGGGGCUGCCGAGCCUGCAACUGCUCCCCGCUGGGCUCCGUCACCCCGCAGUGCCACGAGAACAGCACCUGCCUCUGCCACCCUGGCUUUGUGGGCUACAAGUGUGACCGCUGCCAGGCCAACUUCUUCCUUGAGCCACUGAGCUCCCGCUGCCAGCAGUGUCCUGCCUGCUACGGGCUGGUGAAGGACGAGGCUGACCGCCUGAAGGCCAGGCUGCAGGAGAUGGAGGAAUGGCUGCAGAAGCCAGGCUGUGAUGCCCACCCAGGACAGUCUGCCAUGCUGGGAGAUGCACCCCGUGGAGAUGGGCUGCCCAGCUCACACCUCCUGAGAGGUGCCUGGGCCACCCUCUUGGUACAGGUGGGGCAGCUGGCAGGGGCACUGAACACUGCACAAGGCCGUCUCACCAACGCCAGCCGAGCCACCAGAUGCUCUGAGCAUGGACCCCCCAAGACCUGCACCCUGCUCUCGGAGAUCGGGGCCGUGCUGCAGUCGGCUCAGCAGGAGAUCCUGCACGCUGCAGACACCCUGGCUACCACGGAAAUUCCUCAGGAAAUCCCAUGGCAGCCCACAAACUGGAGCCACUGGGCACUGGAGGCUCAGGCUCUGUCCAAGAGCCACAAGGACUCCGUGGCACAGGUGGAGGCCGUGGUCAGGAGAGCACUGCGUGCCUCCAACGCCAGCUCCGAGCUCCUGCAGCACCUGCUGGAGAGGAACACCACACAGGAGAUGCAGAAUGAGCUGGAGGCCGGGUAUGAGGAGAUCCAGCGGGCACAGGAGGAGCUGGGUGCUGGCAUGGCAAAGGUGGCAGUGGAGGCCAGCAGAGCUUUGACAGCCGUGGAACAGGCACAUGCUGACCUGGCUGAGAGACUUUUGCAGGUGGCUGCUCUGAGGGAGCCUUUGGCACUCCUGAUCCUGCAGCAGGUGCUGCCAAGGCAGGGUGGAGGCCUGGCACGGGAGCUGGCAGUGCUGGAGCAGGCAGCAGCAGCCCAGGAGCCGCUGGCUCAGCAGGCUGUGGAGGCAUCCCGCACACUGGCAGCUGGAUUGCACCUGGAGCUGCAAAGGACUCGUGGCUUCAAGCAGCUGCAGGACCAGGCUGGCUCUGCUCAUGACACAGCCACCAUGGCUGUCUCCCGAGGAAAAGCUGUGCUCUCCGAGGCCGAGUCCCUCCUGGCCAGCUUGGAAGGCAUGAAGAAGGCGCUGGGGCAUCGGAAGAGUCAGGCUGCCCUGAGGAGGAGGAUGGCCACUGUGAGGGACAGAGUGAUGGUGGAUGCUCAGAGGAAGAUUAAACAGGCAGAGAAGACACUGGGAAACUCCCUGUCCAUCUCCACCACAGCCCAGAGGACAGCUGGGGAGGCUGAGCAAGUCUCUGAGGAGAGUGCCAAGAGAGCACGGGCUGUGCUGCAGGAGAGCAAACAGGCCCUCAAACAUGCCAGCCAGCUUGCCACGCGUGCCAAUGAGACCCAGUGGGAGCUCUCCCGGCAGGAGCACAUGGCUGAGAAGCUCAGGGGAGACCUGGAGGAGGCACAGCAGGUGGGGUCAGAGGUGAGUGAGAUGGCAAAAAGUCUCCAGGAAGCCCGGGGCUCACUCAUGUCGGACAUCGAGACCCUGAACAACCUUCUGAACAGCCUAGGUAACCUGGAGCAGGACAAGGAGGUGGACGCAGUGCUGAGCGCAGGGAGGCUGCAGCUGCAGCAGCUGUGGCUGCGCCUGGCCACGCCGGGUCCCCUGGCCAGCCAGCUCAGCCAGCUGCAGCAGGAGGCAGCACGGCAGCAGGAGAAGAUCCAAGCAUUUGAGAGCGACUUGGCUGAGAUCCGGGCUGACAAGCAGAACUUGGAGGACAUUUUGCGGAGCCUCCCUGAGAGCUGCGCGAAGUGACAGGUCGCUGGCUGCUGCCACAUGUCCCCUGUGCCCACCCUGCAAGGGGAGUGGCAGAGGGAAGGACACUCUGCAUUCAGCAGCAUCAAUCCCUCCCACCACUCCUCACACUGCCCUCUGUCCAGUAUCACACCCCAGGUCCUUCUCCACACCCGUCCAGGCUCCACGUCUCAAGCACUCUGCAGCAUGACUCCAGCCACCACCUCUGUCCUUGGGAUGGGGGACACCCACCUACCAGGGGCACUGAUGUUUCUGUGCAGGAUAUGGAGCCGUUCCAGGGUUGGUCUCUCACUGCAGAGUGAACAAAGAAUCCUCACAGAUCUCCUCCAUCCCUCCUUUCCCACUGCAGCACAGCACACUGGGCAGGAACAGCUUACCAAGUAUGCAAUGUACCCAAGCUGUACUGCCCGGCACUCCCUCCUGCCCCAGGAGAAGAGAGAGGCUCUCACACGUGCUGGAAGCUGGUCCUGCUGCACAGCACCCUGCAGUGUCAUGCUCAUGGGCUGUGGUCACAGAGGGGCAGAGAGGAAUCCUGGUGAAGCCAGGCAGAGAGCUGCUUGCCGGAGGGCACAGAGCUUGCCUGCUUCCCAAGGGAAGGGAGCUCACAGCAGGGAGGGCUAAAUUAAUGAGCAGAAACAAAGCAAAGAUGGAUCCUCACCCAGCUCCUGGAAGGCAGCUGGGACCUCCUCAGCCUGCUCCAAUAUAAGAGAAGCUCAGGUCUUGCUGUUCUCUUGCUCCAGGGUAAGACAAGGCCACAGCCAGCUCUGCUUGGCCCACUGAAUGUCACCAGGCAUGGCUACAAAACAGCCAAUUGCCACCAAUCCCAGGGGUUGGGUGGCAGAGAUGCAGUCAAGGGAGGUGUCAGAGCAGCAGCACCCACAGCCCCACCAGCCCCACUGGAGAGGAGCUGGCUGAUGGCAGCAGGCUGUGCAGCCAGUGUGGACUGGAGGGGGAACAGCUGGACACCCGCUCCUGCCUGUGUCACUCCCACGGGGUGGCAGAGGUCAGUGGCUGUAUUGCCAUUAAAGGAAAGGCAUUUAUGUUCCUCUGUGCUCCCAUGUGGGCUGGGCUGCAGAACAAGCCAGGUCCUGGCUCAGCCCACCUUGUGCUGGCUGUGUUGUGACUCCAGGUAGCUGAAGUCACUCCCAUGAGACCAGAAACGAGUCCCCAGGCUGGAGCUUGCUUCAUUUUUUAACCGGUUUUACCUAUGUUUUUUCUGCUCACAGUGCUGCAAAUCAGGUUUGCUAAAGUCUUGUGUAAUUUAUGUAAAAUUGCUGCCAUCGAUGUUGAGUUCCCCCAGCAACAUCUCUGGUGGGUCCAGUGGCCUGGAAGGAACACAGGAUUCUCCUACUGAAAGCAAAGCAUACUGAAAGCAAAGCAUCGUCCUUCUAAUUCUGCACAAAAGCUGCCCAAGGAGCGGGGUGCCAGAGCUGCAGUGCUGUGGGAGUGUGAUGGCAGGGGCUCCCCUGCUGCUGCCCAAGGACAGCUCUGGGAAAGCAAAACCAUGGAACAGUGAGAGCACAGCGUGAUCCGGCUUGGCCAGAGGCAGGGGGCCGGGGCCACUUACUGUCUCUCUGGGAGGACAAUUACACAUCUCCAGUGAGCACACAAAUUUGCUGCUCUUACAGAAAUGCCAAGCCUCUGCUGUGUGCCUGCUGCUGAAGAUGUUCAUGCUGCCUCCUGCUCUCCAUGGAACUCUGUUUUUAGCUGGUGCCACCUGCCUAGAGCUGUAUCCAUUAAAAAUUCUUAAUAUAA